UCACCUGAUCACAUACACUACAACUCUACUUCCGGCAGCUAGAGCCUAGAGAGGGUCCACGGUCUGGACGGUAUCUGCUGCCGCUAAAUCCUUCCUAGUUCCCGUGAAUAUGGCAGAUACUGUGGUUGACACACGUCGACUGAAUAGCAAACCACAAAAUCUAAAUGAUGCAUAUGGACCGCCCAGCAAUUUCCUUGAGAUCGAAGUGAUCAAUCCGCAGACUGUAGGAGUGGGCCGGGGUCGGUUUACUACUUAUGAGGUCCGGCUGAAGACCAAUCUUCCUAUUUUUAAAUUAAAAGAGUCCGGUGUCAGAAGAAGAUAUAGCGAUUUUGAGUGGCUGAGGACUGAGCUUGAACGAGAAAGCAAGGUUGUUGUGCCGCCUCUACCUGGUAAAGCUAUUUUUAGACAGCUUCCAUUCAGAGGAGACGAAGGAAUAUUUGAUGAUUCCUUCAUAGAGGAAAGGAAGCAAGGGCUUGAACAAUUUAUAAACAAAGUUGCUGGCCAUCCGUUGGCACAGAAUGAACGAUGCCUUCACAUGUUUUUACAAGAUGAAGUAAUAGACAAAAACUACACACCGUCCAAAAUAAGACAUGCUUAACUACCUGGAAAUGAACUGAAAUACUCUGACUAAAACAUUGUUUUAAUAUGCAUAUCCCCGGCAUGUUAGCAAUCUGCUGUAAUAAAUCUAACAUACUAACAACAUCUAUUAUAUAUCUUUACAUAUAUUUUUAAUAUUGUCUGCUUCCAUUUGUUUUACUUAACUGGUUUCUAAAAUAAAAUUAAAAAAAUACCUGAUUUUGACUUAACUAGCCAGCAAUACAUUCCCCUGGCUUCAAAGUUUGCCAUAUGUUCUUUCACAAUAAUAAUGUUAUUUUGCUACAAUAUAUGUAUAAAGCAUUCUGAUGACGUUGAUACGAGCAUCUAAAGUCUAAUAAUUGUGUACAGAUUAAGUGCUUUCAACAAGCCAGACAUUUUUGUGGCAUAUUAAACCUUAACAGCUAUGAUGUUGCACUUAGAUAUGGAAAUACAUACUGGUCUCUUGUUAGAGCCUUCCUUGCAUUAGAAUUCCAGCAAUACUUUUAAAUUAAUUAUUGGUUCUUUAUUUUGUGUUCUACAAAUGUGCUCUCUUAAAGUGUAAUGGACACAACCUUUCCAUGUAACCAAUUUGACCAUCGAGCUAAGGAUUUUUAUAUUGUGGACUGUUAGUCUCUUAUCAUUUCCUUCACUACUGUGAUUGUCACUCUAAUUUUUUUUUUAUAUGUCCUUUUCAACAGUUAAGGGGACAUUAAACUCAAAAUGAAUUAUGCAUAGUAAAACAAAUUUGUAUCGUAUUAUUUUUUUUAUUCCCUGCGUUUUCUGAAUUUAACUCUUCUCAGUGAGGUUAAAAUGUAUUCUGCAUAACGCAGAAGCCUGAGUUUACAUUGUUGUACUCUUUGGUUAAUCAGUGCAGGAGCUUAGUAUAUCUAUCCCUAAUUGGCUAUGUAAAAUAAGAUACAAUAAACAUAUUCAAGGUUUUUUUUUUUAAUGGGUUUGUCCCUGGACUGUAAAGCAAUGCAUAUUAUGAUAAGAAAAUUAAAGCUUUAAAUGUUUUUGAAAAAUGCAUAUUUAUGUAGAUAUUUUGCAAACUGGUGCUUAUUUGCUGAUAUGUGUUAUGCAUAUCUAAAAAUUACUUAAAUAUCCAUUUAACCGUUUUUUGGAAUGCAGGGCACUUAUAUAACACGUUAAUGAUAUAAUAAGCACAUUACAUUUGAACUCUGUCUUGCAAAAUAUCUUAAUAUAGAUGUUAAGCCACCUGUAACCUUUCACUGAAUAUAUUUUCUCUUGCACAUUGCUUCUUGUGGUUGUGCUGACACAGGACAUCUCUCCAACACUAUGAAUGUAUAAGGAAGACUGGUUCACAGAUCAGCCAUCUUUAAAGCUUGCAGAGAGACUUUAUACUAAACACUAUGGGGAAAUUAUGAACGUAAAAUACAUUUAUACAAUUUUGUGUAAAAUUACAUUUUUGAAAUAAAAUUGUUAAAGACUGUUGUA